AUGGAAAAUGAAGUAGUAUCUGAUUUAGAAGAAGGUGAAAUUUUAGAAAAUGAUGUUGAUUCUUCGAAUGAUUCGGAAAAAUGUGGAUAUUUGAUUAAAUCAAGAGAAAACAGUCCGAAAAAAUACAUAUCUGAUGAACAAUAUUUUAAUGAUGAUAAUUUAAUGAAUGUCCCAAUUUUCAAGUUAAGGGGAUAUGUUGGUCGAAAACUGAAAAAAAAAUUUAAACUUAGUCCCUAUGAUUUACAUUCUGUUAAGAAAUGUAAAAAAAGAAAAUUUGUAGAAUCGGACCAAGAAUCAUCUGAUGAAUAUCAUGAAUCAGAAAAACAUAAAAAUAAUUAUUGUCUCAAGUAUUUAAAAAACUCAAAUGAAAAUAUAGAUAAAAAAUAUUUGUAUGAGUGGUGUCCAGAUGAUAUAGCUAAAGAUUUAAUUACUGAACUUGACAGAGUGACAUGUAAAAAAAUUAGUUUCAAUAAAAACAAAAAAACAUCUAAAGAAAUGUGUUAUAAAUGCAAUUUACAUGAAGUUAGAGAGUGUUGCUGUAAUUAUUCAUCAUUACUUUCGAUGAAUAAAAAUAAUUCAUUUGAGAAAAAAAGCAAACAGUACAAAGUUUACUCAAAUUAUCCUUAUUCUUCUGAAACAAAUCUUAAAAACAUAUCUCUUAGGAAGGAAUACAGAAACUCGAAAAGAAAUAAAAUAAAAGGUGAAUUUGAAUAUAGAGAUGAUAGCUAUGGGAGUAGGAAAAAAAAAAAGAAGAAAAAUUCACUAAUAACCACUUCCAAGAGAGAUAUUAGAGACUUUGAUGAAGUUCGAAAAACCCUGUUAAAAAAAUUAAAAGAAAAAGAAAGCCAAAUGAAAAUGUCAUCUACAGGCAUUGAGGAUUUAAUGAGUGCCAAUAUAAAACCAUCCGAAUCACAUGAGGAAAACUUCAUUUUAAAUUUGGAAAGCUCGGUACAAAACUUAAUUUUAUCUUGUCCCAAUCCACCUGAAAAAAUUUUUGUAAAACCUGUAAAUUUUCAGGCAUCCAUAGAUGGAGAUGAAGAUGCAGAGGCAGAUUUAAUGCAGCUUAGGCUAAUGGCUCUUGCAUCCUAUAAGAAUAAAAAAAAACAAUUUGAGUACAAUUUACCAAAAGUUGAAGAGAACAUUGAAGAAUGUGAUACCUCAAAAAUUGAAUUGGAAGACCUCAACUGUAAUUCGCAAAACACAGAAGAUAAUGAUUUGGAUAGAAAUGAAUUAUUACUUAGAGCUGAAGCUUUAAAAACAGCUUUGUUGAAAAAACAUCAAAAAAGGCUUAAAAAUUUGAAAAAAUCUAAAAUAAAUAGUGAAGAAAACCCAAAUAAUGGAGAGUGUGUUACAUAUGAAACAAACGAAAUUAAUUCUGAAAAUUGCAAUGAAAAGGAAAAAAUCAAUAUUGAAAUGAUGGAAGUUUCAGAGGAAAAAUGUUUAAAUUCAAUUCAUCCAAAUGAUCUCAAUAAUGAAAAACUUUUAAGGUCAACCGAUGUUCAACAAAAUCAACUUGCCAUAGAAUCAUCUUUUUCUAAAAAAAGUGAUGAUAAAAAUCAAAAUAAAAAUUUUGACACUCUUACAGAGACUUUGGAUAAUCAAAAAACCUCAAAUGAUUUACAUUCUACCAAAAGUGCCAAAAACUCAACAAUAUCAAAUUCUGAAAUGCAAAGGAUAAUUGUACAUCUUGGUUCAGAUGAUUCCAGUGAUGAUGAUGUCAACAUUCAUACAAAAGAAGAUAAUUUAAUUUUUGAAAAAGAUAAAACAUCAAACGAAAAAAAAACAGAUGGAAAUACCUUGCCAGAGGCUAAUGAAAUGGAUGACUCAAUUAAAGCUGAUAUUGAAAGAAAAGUAGUUCGACUAUUAAAUGAAGCCAAGCAAAAAAUUCAAGAGGAGAUAUUAAAUUCAAAACUAAGGAGUGAGGCUGUUUACAAGCAUUUACCUCCUUCGCAGAGGUUGGAAUAUUUAAUAUUGAAAAAAAAAAUUGCUGAUAGUGAAAAACUAAAGAAUUCAAAAAAUGAAAUUUCAUCAAAUUUACCUGUACAUAUAAACAAAAGAAAUCUACCUAAUCCAGUACAAAGUAAUUUAAAUAAUAAAUUGAAAUGUAAUGUUGUUAGUCGAAAAACAUCUAAACCAUCAUCAAAUUGUGAGCCACCGUUAUCGGCGGGUGAUACUCGUGUAAAUGAAUUACCUACUUCAAAUAAUAACAUUGACCAUAUAGUCGGUUUUCCUAGCUUAUCAGAUAAAAGUAUAAAAAAACCUAUUAGUACAAUCGGAUUAAUAAAGUCCAAACAUUCUGUGGAUCAAUCAAAUAAUAGUUCAAAAACAUCACCGAGUAAAAAUAUAUCAACUCAAAAUGAAUCUAAAGAAAUAUCGAGUCAAAUUAAUUUGUUGCAAAAUAAACAGGCUCAAGCAAUAAAUAAAUUGAAAUUUUUUUUGAGAAAAAUAAAAAUUGAAAAAACAAUUGAAGAAAAUUAUAAAAAACAAAUUACUAAAUUGAAAGCUCAGUUAGGUUUGAUAGAGAAAAAGAGAAAAGAUCAAUUUCGUAAAAUUAAACACCUAAUGGAGGAAAGCGUUAAAAUUUAUAAAUCAUUACAAAACACGAUGCCUUCCGUUUCUCAUUCUUUGAACAAAAUAAAAAACGAAGAUGAAAAAUAUAAAUUAAAACCCGUUGAACAGAAUAAAGAACGCAGUGCGGAUAAAAAUGAAAAAAAAUUAGAGCCCUCAUUAAAUCAAAAUGCUAAUUGCUCGGAAAAUAUUAGGAAAACACCAACGAGUGAAGAAAAUUCAAACAUGGAAAAAGUGCCAGAUUCUGAGGAAAAAGAAACAGAGUUGAAAACUUCAACAGAAAUCAGUUAA